AUCAAAUCAAAAGAGCCCCCCGAGCGGAAAGAGAAAAGCCGGCCCGGAGGCGAACCGAUGCCGAGCUGCGCCGCGUCCACCAUGCCGGGGAGGAUCUGCAAGAACCCCGACCUCGAGUUCGACUCGCUGCAGCCCUGCUUCUACCCGGACGAGGAUGACUUCUACUUCGGCGGCCCCGACUCGACCCCCCCGGGGGAGGACAUCUGGAAGAAGUUUGAGCUGCUGCCCACGCCCCCGCUGUCGCCCAGCCGUGCCUUCCCCGAGCCCAGCCCGGAGCACGGCAGCUGGGCCUCGGAGAUGAUGCUCCUGCCCGAACCCGACCUGUGGGGCAACCCGGCCGAGGAGGAUGCGUUCGGCCUGGGCGGACUCGGGGGCCUUACCCCCAACCCGGUCAUCCUGCAGGACUGCAUGUGGAGCGGCUUCUCGGCCCGCGAGAAGCUGGAGCGCGCCGUCAGCGAGAAGCUGCAGCACGGCCGCGGGCCGCCGGCCCCGGGUCCGACCGCCGCCGCCCCCGCCUCGGGCACCCCGGCCGCCCGCGGGCACGGGCACGGCGCGGCGGCGGCGACCGCGGGCUCUGGCCGCUCCGGAGCCGCCCUGCCCGCCCCGCUGGCGCACCCGGCCGCCGAGUGCGUGGAUCCCGCCGUGGUCUUCCCGUUCCCGGUGACCCAGCGCGAGCCCGCGCCGCUGCCCGCCGCCUCCCCGGCGGCCGCCGCCGCUGCUGCAGCUGCAGCUGGUGCAUCGGGCGCUGUCGCUGCAGCAGCAGCAGCAGCAGCUGGUGCUGCGGCUCCCGCGGGCGCUGUCGCGGCCGUCUCGGGCCCGGGGGCUGCGACCCCCGGCGGGGGGGGCCCCGUGGUCGCCCCGGUGCGUGCAGGGGGCCGCCCGGCCAGCAGCAGUAGCAGCAGCAGCAGUAGCAGCAGCAGCGACCACAAGGCCCUGAGCACCUCGGGAGAGGACACCCUGAGCGACUCAGAUGACGACGACGAUGAAGAAGAAGACGAAGAGGAAGAGAUCGACGUGGUGACCGUGGAGAAGCGCCGCUCGUCCCAGAACAAGUCGGUGACCACCUUCACCAUCACGGUGCGCCCCAAGAGCGCGGCCCUGGGCCCCAGCCGGGCCCAGCCCGGGGAGCUGAUCCUCAAACGCUCAGUGCCCAUCCACCAGCAGCACAACUACGCCGCCCCGUCGCCCUACGUGGAGAGCGAGGAGGCGCCGCCCCAGAAGAAGAUGAAGAGCGACACGUCGCCGCGUCCCCUCAAGAGCGUCCUGCCCCCCAAGGCCAAGAGCCUGAGCCCCCGCAACUCCGACUCGGAGGACAGCGAGCGCCGCCGCAACCACAACAUCCUGGAGCGCCAGCGGCGCAACGACCUGCGCUCCAGCUUCCUCACGCUCAGGGACCACGUGCCAGAGCUGGUGAAGAACGAGAAGGCCGCCAAGGUGGUCAUUUUGAAAAAGGCCACCGAGUACGUGCACGCCCUGCAGGCUGAGGAGCACCAGCUCUUGCUGGAGAAGGAGAAGCUGCAGGCGAGGCAGAAGCAGUUGCUCAAGAAGAUCGAACACGCGCGGACUUGCUAAACGUUGUUGUUUUGGUUUGUUUUUUUUUUUCCUCAAAAACCGGACAGUCACUGCCACUUUGCACAUUUUGAUUUUUUUUUUAAAAAACAAACAAUUGUGUUGACAUUAAGAAUGUUGGGUUUACUUUCCAAUGGGUCCCCUCACCUCACCCCCACCCCACCCCACCCACACACCCCGCCCUGGUUGGAGUUUGGAUCCGGGUGGGGAGCAGGAUAUUAUAUGAGGGGUGCUGCCAAGACCUCGGGAGAGAGGGCUGGUGUGAUGGGAUGUUGGCCGGGGCCCUUGCAGUCUCCUCCACACCACGUCACCUCCGAGAAGGCCGGUCAAGUUCGUGACACUUGGGAAGCCUCUGGGGCGGUUGAAGUCACCUUGCUCGUUCUGAGUUUGCAAACAACCAAGAGUCAUUCCUUCUUUUAAAAAAAAAAUGGUGCUUAAGUUCCAGCAGAAGCCAAGCCAGGGGGGUUGCCAUUUGAUACUACCCACCCUGGGGAACAUUUCUGUAAAUACCAUUGUCACACCCGCCUUUUUGCAUACGUCCUGGGUAAUGAGAGGAGAGGUGGCUUUUGCGGCCAGUAUUAGACUGGAAGUUCAUACCUAAGUACUGUAAUACCUCAAUGUUUGAGGGGCAUGUUUUGUAUACAAAUAUAUUGUUAAUCUCUGUUAUGUACUGUACUAAUUCUUACACUGCCUGUAUACUUUAGUAUGAUGCUGAUACAUAACUAAAUUUGAUACUUAUAUUUUCGUAUGAAAAUGAGUUGUGAAAGUUUUGAGUAGAUAUUACUUUAUCACUUUUUGAACUAAGAAACUUUUGUAAAGAAAUUUACUAUAUAUAUAUGCCUUUUUCCUAGCCUGUUUCUUCCUGUUAAUGUAUUUGUUCAUGUUUGGUGCAUAGAACUGGUUAAAUGCAAAGUUCUGUGUUUAAUUUCUUCAAAAUGUAUAUAUUUAGUGCUGCAUCUUAUAGCACUUUGAAAUACCUCAUGUUUAUGAAAAUAAAUAGCAAUUAAAUGA